AUGAUUCCAGUGUGGGGAGUCCUGAGUGUAAUAGGUGGAUUCCUAUACCACCUUUCACUGGGCUAUUAUUACACAGUUGGUAAGUGGUUUUUUUAGCUACAUUUUUGCGUUCAUAAUAUAUGUAGCUAUUUGGGCAUAUAUGUCCAAACACUCGGUCAACGUAAAAAUUUGAUAGUUUUGACACUUUUUUAAAACUUGUAGGAAAUAUGAAUUCUUACGUAAUUUCGUAUAUGGGAAUAACUAAGAGUCAAAGCGCAUGGUUCUCUUCUGUAAUAAUUGCUCUCCAAGCAAUAUCCUUACCAAUCGGUGGAGUAAUUGCGAAAAAAAUCGGAUUCCGACCCGUCCUUAUUUUGGGAAUUAUUUUCUCCAGGUUCGUCUAUCUUCUGAACUUUGGUAAAAUUUCAAAACCUCAUCACUUUGCCAAAUACGGCUGGUAUACGCCAUAUCUUUUAUAACACAUUUAUAUUUAUGUACGAUUGAAACUUUAAAAUGAGCAUUCUUAACACCGACUCUGGUAAUAUUCCUCAUUCGAGAAAACGACUAUUCUUUAAAAAAAACAGGAUUUCGUAAGGCAUGGUGGAUACUGCGGGAAUUUUGCAACCCAAUAGAUCUGCGUGCAGACUAAAAUUUUGUGCGAACUCCGUUAGAAAAGGCCAAAUGUUAUUAUAAUACUUUUAAAGAUAGUCGUUUCCUGGCCUGUUUGCUGCAGAAAAUCUGCGAGAAAUUUCCCCAUCCCGUUUGUGGACUGGUAAAAACUGUCAAGUUUAUUAAAACUGCAAAUAAUAAAUUCAUCUCUUUUUUAGCGGAGGCAUUUUACUAACGCGCCUAACAGUUGACCAUGGCCUAGGAGCAUAUGUUUCUACCUACUGUGUUCUCUUUGGUCUCGGUAUGGGACUGCCCUACUCUGUCAUUUUUCAAGUCGCGUCAUCUGUAAGUCUAGUUAUUUUUGUUUUAUAUGGACCAUUUUGUUUGUUUAAUGUCCAAUAAUACUGAAAUAAUGUUUCUUUCUUGAAAUACUGUAUGCGUACUCUUUAAAUUUUAGUGGUUUCCUGAAAAGAGAGCCACCGUUGUUGGAAUAAUCUCCUCUGGUCUGGGUCUAGGGGCCCUCGUAUUUACACCCAUUCAGACAAACGUGAUAAAUCCGGAUGAUUUGCAGCCAGUAGGCGGGUAUGUCAUUUUCAACUAAACAAUUCAAGUCCUUUGCUAAAAACCACAUGAAUCUGUGUCUUUAAGAUAUUUAUAUUUUUAAAUACUAGGAAAUAUCCUCCAGACGUCGAUAAACGUGUUCCAAAUGCAUUUUUAAUCUUUGGAGGAACCGUUUUGGCUUUUCAAAUCGUCGGAGUACUCCUUUUAAGAAAACGACCUAACGUAAAUGACAAUUCCACAUUCUUAUUUUCCCUGCACUUGUAUUUAUUUCAUUACGUGCACAAUAUUACCAUGUUCCAUGUAAUCACAUUUGUAUUUUAGAACAAAAUCGACGAAGAGGAGCCUUCAAACAAGUAAGAUCUUAAAUUUGUCAAACAGUUUAUUUAGUCAGAUUGCACUUUCUUUGAACUAAUAUAAUUUUUUAAAAACUUAUUCAUAGUUCCGUGACAUUUGAACAUCCAGAAAAGGAUAAUCUUGAGGGUAAUUACGGCCCGUAAGUAAACUGAUAAAUAAAACUACGUAGUCUAAUCUCUUCAUCUUCUUUAGAAAUAAAAUUGAAGAAAACGUUUUACAGCAGGAGGAAGUUAAGAGUUACUCCGUGAAGAGCGCAUUGAAAUGCAUUGAUUUUUACAUCUUAUGGACUGUUUCCUUCUGCGAUGUCGUCGCUGUGGUUUUGCUAACCUCAACCUACAAGGUAUGUUUACCUAAAUGAGGUGUUCUAAAAUGAUUAAUCAUGUGGCUUCUCCUUCUACUUUUUAUAAAUUAACAUAAAUAUAUGCAAAUACUCAUUUUAGACUCUUUAGAAGACAGAUUAUGUGCAUUCCACUUAUCUGAAGAAAAUCAUUUGAUUUACCUGAUGCUUCAAACAGUAAAAUCAAUUAAUGAAUACUUUGCUUCAACCGUACAUUUACUUAACUGUGGACUAAAAAGCCAACUAAAUGGAUGCUUAAGCGCAAGAUGAUUGAGAAGUGACUAUAGGACUUCUUAUGGAUAAUUAAAAUACCAAAUUAAUAUUUAUUCCUACAAAUCCCUUAGUAUUUUAUACCUUAGUAAUAAUGAGUUUAUCCGAAGGAUCCUACUGCGCAAAACAUAAGCAAAGUUUAUUAUUCACUUUAGCGGUCAAAAUUAAAAUAAAGUUGCUAAAGGUGACUUUUGUCUCGCAACAUUCUUCUAGGAAUCAUUUAUUUUCUAAAUUUAAUUCCUUUUCCAUUGAUCAGCUGUAUGGCCUUGAACGUGAAUUCAAGGAUACCUUUCUCUCCGGUGUUGUAAUGGGCAGCGCUGCCUUUAACUGUUUCGGUCGGGUCACAUGGGGACUCAUGGUUGAUCGGUUCUCUUACAAGGUAUGCAUGUUUCUUAAACACAUUUUCGCAUUUUUAUUGCACGCGUUUUAACCCUUAAUCCAAUAAUUCACUGUCGGCAUAUGCAGGCAGUGAAUCCAGUGCAGCUAACCUUAACUAGCACCAGCAAUUUAUUAUAUACGGGAGGAAAGUCUGCACGCCGCGUAUGUCAAAUAUUUGUUCGACUAAAAGGUAAUCUGCAAUUCCGAAGUUUAGGGCAGGGUUUUAAUAGCCAUUAAGUAAAGUCUUGUGCGAUAUGGUUGUCCAAAUACUUACGGACUGCAUUUAAGACCAGUGCGUGCCAGUUUAAUGCAAAACUUAGAUGCAGUUCUGAACAACCGGGACCCAUUGGUACUCCGAUUUGUUAAGCCUAUCACCGUAGGGAAUGACACUCUUUGCACAACACUAAUGAUUUACACGCGCAAACUAUGCAAAACGGAUUCCCACAUGCUUACACUUUGCUUUUCACUUUCGAACCGCCAUUUACCUGUGUUUUUUUUGCAGUGUCCUCUGUUAACUUACCUCUUCCUGUGGGCUGUCCUGUUUAUAACGUUCCCCUUUGUUGCCGGUGGAGCUCCCGGCAUCUAUCUGUACGCAAUCUGGGUGUUUCUGCUGUUCUUCACGCUGGCCGGGCACUUUGUCAUUCUGCCCGGAGCCGCCUCCAGUCUCUUUGGACCACAGAAUUUCGCGACAAUUUACGGUCUGGUCUACGCCGCGGCUGUAUGUUCCUGUCACCGUAGUUUCUCAUUUUGCGUUGUCCUUAAGAAUGGCAACCUUUUAGACGAUAAGAGCAGGCAAAAAAGGCGUAUGCCCAACUGUUUUGCACUUAUUUGAAAAUAAAAAAGAAAGAACGACUCCAAAAACUGUUUAAACGGAAGAGGGAAUAACACCAUUAGUUGUCACAUUGUUGGGGGGGGGAGGAGCCGUCUUAAAGAUCGAGGUCUGGGCAUUCUGAUAGUGUUUUGUUCUCGGACCUGAAUCAACGAAACAGUUCUCUGUACCGCAAUCCUGUGCCCAUGAGCUCCAGCAGUCAAACCCUGAUGUGCGAGUUUUCAUUGAUAAUCUCGGAGAAUUCGCACGCAUUCAGUCGGUCCCUGAUUGGUUGGAAUUAGGUAUGGAGGUAAUCCCAUGCCGAGUCGAAGUCUCCGACAUUUGGCUCUGUAGAGUUGUUUGUCGUCGUUUUGUAAAUCAUCUGAUUUUCAGAAAGGUGUGAGUGUUGAGAGCUGGUUCUGCAGCCCCACUCGUUUGAGGUCGCAUGAUUAGCUUACUAAAAAUAGUUUAGAUAACGGACCUAAAUAAACAACUCGCAGGGUUAGGAAGGGGAAAAGGGCGCAAGCGGAGCUCGAACACAGCAAGGGAAACGCGUGCGAACCGAUACUUGAUGUAAGCGAAGGUGAUAUGUACAUUUUCUCCACGCGACAAAGCCUCUCGCGGGAUUAUUUUCUGGUUUUCCUUUUCUAUGGUCGGUAAUGUAAGCUCCAGACUAGAAAAGCUGCUAUCUCCAAAUCAUCAAUUGCCAUCGUAUUCUACUGUCACUACUACUACUACUACUACUACUACUACUACUACCACUACUACUACUACUACUAUUACUAUUAUUAGCUAUUAUUAGUCAGCUAAUGGUGCUGAUGCAGACAAAUAAAAAAGUCGCCUGCAGCAUUCGUCCGUGGGUUCCCGUCAAUCCCGUCUUGAUGGUAUAGCCCGAGAGCGUUGGCCAUGUUUGAAAGCAUCGGGGCCGUCGGUCGUGAGGGAUUACUGUAGCUAAUUUUGCCAACAAUGGACUGUGCUUUGAAUUGCAUUUUUCUAGAUGCCUAAACACUGGCGGAGUGAGUAUUUACGCUCCUGCAACGGUCUCAGUCGCAAAAUGCUGGCUGAAGAAGCAAAGCUCGAAUGACUGAGCGUCUACUGUCUAAUGGUCAAUCCUCCAAUGUGCCAGUUCGAUUAGUGUCCACAAGUUCUUCGCCUGGAUGUUCUUAUAUGGGGACUGUCUUGAGCAGUACAGUACAUCUAACGAAAACAUGGCCCUCCCUGUGUAAUAAAAUUGACCUCCGGUAUUUGCUAGGCUUGGUGGCUUUGGCGUUGAGACGCCUCUAAAGUGCCUAUAACUGCCUAUUUUAAUAUUCAAACAUAAAAUUUGUCUUAACUAUCAUCCUAAAUCGAUUAAAUGUAAUAGCAAAGUCGUCCUGCAGCAUUACCUUUAAAAAUAUAUAACUUACAGUUACACAUAAACACAUCUACAAUUAAUACUCUUACCAAGGCGAAAUUUUAUCAGUUGAAUUCCGAUAUUCGAGGGGCUUGCGGACCUCGCCUUCCCUCAAAUAGCUUAUUACUGCCAACUUUAUUAUUAAAACACAAAAUAUGCAUUAACUAUCAUCCUUAAACAAUUUAAUUUAAUGAAAAAUUCAUUGUAUACCAUCACCCUUACAAUAUAUAUCUAACAGUUACACAUCUGCAAUUCAGAAGAGCAUUUGGUGAACCCACCCGCGCAUUCAAUAAAUUCUGAUCGAGACUGUACAUCUUCAAUUUGUACCUUCGCUUAGGCGAAAUUUUAUCAAGUUACCCGGCAUUCAAGCCUUCGCAUAUUUCUUAGAAUAUAUGCAUUGUUAUAUCGUCGCUUAGGCACAUUGCCAGAAGACUUAAAAGAAACAGGGUAUUUAGAAAUCAUCUUGGGUCACGAUUAAAAGAUAAACAUAACAAUUAGAUACAAGACACAAAUGUACGAAGGAUGCGCAGACAGGCAGUGAAACAGGUAAACAGGAGAGAUCUAAGCGGCGAGCUGUCGGCGAUGCGGCCAGCUUCAGCUCCACAUGGACUUUGCGUUUACAAUUUGCUUAUCUUUAUGAAAAGAUGAAUCUUUUGCUGUUUUUGUACUUACACUAAUACUCAUAUUUGGAACUCAACGGGGCUUUUUAUCGGAAAAAAUGAUUAUAAGUAAUUAGCAAAUAUUUAAAAUAUGCCCUAUGAUAAAAACACCAACGAAUAAGUGAAUGCCUUAAUACCGAAUCGCGAGUUGGCGGGAGUCAACUGUAUAUAAAUAUAUAAGUCCAGUGAACAUCUAGGCGACUGUGUACUGUUCUGGUACUGUACAUGCUUUCUAAAAUACAGUAAACAGAGUCGGAAAGCAAGCUAACUUACCAUAGAAAAUGUACUUCGACUUCGUUAUAUUACCCAAAAGUUGUCCCUGACAAGGAAGUAACAAGCCUGAGACCAAAAAACUGCUAUCAGCGGUCCACGACUUGCUGUCAGGUAAUGUGGUCUUUCCUAAAUAGAGAUCCAUGCCCGGUAAACGGCAAUGUCAGGCUAAUGCCCUUUUGUUUUCUGGAACUUUAGGCACCAAGCGGCCUGUUGACUGCAGCGGUAAUUUCACAGCUUAAGUUGGAUGGAGCUUGGUUGGCCGUCUACAGCACGUGUGCAGCUUUUUGCGUUAUUGGUAAGUCACUGUGCAAAUAUCCUAACAGAGUCACCUUUAAGGCGCUGCCAUUAUUAAAAUGAGCAUUUGUGUCCGAUUAUUGAAGUUUAUAUUAUAUUCAUACACAUACCGUAGGUGAGCUAACUCAUGAAAUGUCCACCGAAAUGCGUUUUCGUUUCUAAAAGAUUAAUUAAGUAGGGUUGUAAAACAAAUCAUCGCGUAGUAUAAUUUUAUAAUAAUUCAGUUAUCUCGGGAUGCGGGCUUUCGGAUGAACUUCUUUGCGGUUGCAUGAAAAAUGACUACUUAAGUAGCAUGAAUUUUCUCAUUGAUUUUCGAUGUCCUUAAACGUUCAAUUAUAUUUCACGGAAAACAUGCAUAAAAAUAUUCAUUCGAUUGUUCAUUCGAUAGGAAAUGACGUCUUCCUCUAAUUUUAUACUCGAAGGAAGGGUAUAAUUCGGUUUUUAAAGACUUUUCCAAUUCCCGAAUAAUUUUGAACCCGCUCUAUCUUUACACUUGCAUUCAGGAUUUCCAAACUACAAGCCGUAUAUUAAGAGGAAAGUGCAUGGGGUUCAGAUAAUUUAGCAGUGGAUUUAAACCAUAUUGUUAACUUCACAAGCCACGUUGGUAGAUGCCGACACAUGACUUUUUAUGAUCCAUCAUUUCCUGGUAUUAAAAUAUCUCACAAUGAGAAACUUUUUGAAAACCGAUUUAUACCCUUUCUUCGAGUACCAAAUUCGGAAGAAAACGUUUUUUUAAAACCGAAAAUGCUGACGUGCAGUAAUGUACAUAUUCGAUAUGUCAGAAGAAUUCGCUAGACCGAUGAGCGAAUUUGGGAUUGGUGUCGCUCACAAACCAGAAGCUCCAAACCGCCGGCAACUCAUUCACCCUAAGGACCCAAUUCCCAUCAAUUGGAGGUCCUUUACCAAAUAAACUGAAAAUGUGGUCAAGCCAAUUAUGUUGGUGAGACCGGAAAAUCUGUUAGUACGAGAUUGCACGAGCACAAGUUUGCUGUAAGACAGAAAGAUAAACUUACCUUGGUAAUAGCCCACGUCAUCUCGCCAGAGCACGGCUUCGACUUUGAAUGCGUGACAAUACUUGGCCAGUCGGACGGUCGAAUUGCGCGCCUGCUGCAGGAAACGUGACAAUCGACUGACUCGAUAACUUGAUAUAUCGAUCUGUCAGUUGCUUAUAAAGCACUGCGUGAGCAAAUCAGUAGCGUAGCUGGAGGUCGUCUCCAGCAGAUGUGAACCAAAUAUGCCAUGAAUUGUACAGAUGUUUUCAUCCGUUGAUGAUGGGCUCGCUUGAGAAUCCGACGAGUCGGAUAAAUACACAAUUGACUCCAUCUGCCACCUUCCCGUCUUCUAUGCAUAUAUAUAUAUACGUGAAAUGAUAUCGCAAAUACAAGGGAGACCAGAAUGCCCAUUUCUGGCUUAUUAGCCGUCAUCAGCCAAUUAUACCCAAUCCCAAGUGUGAAUCACCUGGGAUUCGAACCCGGGAUCUUUGGUCACUGAGUCGAACGCUCUAGCAAUGAGCCACGGGCUCGCUGUCCUGUCGGUUGUGAUCGGGGAUAUUAAUUAUGGUAGAUGAGCCCUUGCCAAUCAGGUUACGGAACAUGCUCUCCCGUUAUGCCUUGGGGCUCAAACUAGAAUCCUCGCAGGCAGUUACAUAGCGACUAGUAUCCCAGGUGGUUCAAAUUUGGGAUUGGGUAUGACUGGUAGAUGACGACUAAUAAGCCAAAAAUGGCCAUUUCGGUCUCCCUUGUCUUUGUCGGUAUCAUCUCAUUUAUUUCUACUACUAGUCGCUAUGCGACUGCCUGCAAGGGUUGUGUUUUGAGCCCCAAGGCACAACGGGACAAGCAUGUUCCGUAACCUGAUCGGUGAGCGCCCACCUACCAUAUAUAUACAUAUAUGAUGGAAACGAGGAAGGUUCAGAAACGUCAGCACCAAACAGUAUAUAUAUACAUCCAAACAGGAAAACGGACAUCCCGAGAAAUUUAAUUGAAAAUAAGUAAAAAUUUUUGGGAAAAAUAACCCUUAAUGCGUACAUUUUCGAGACUGGUUCCCCAACUCGUCGUCAGACUUUGUACAUAACCCAGAAUUCUGACAACGAGCUGAGGAACCAGUCUUGAAUAUUGAUGCAACAAAGGCUAUUUUUUUUCCAAUAAAUCUUCCCUAUUUUAAAUUAGAUAUCUUGGGAUUCCCGAUGUCCGACACUUGUAAAUAUAUAUGAAUAAAGGCCCUUCGGAAAGUCCAGUCGCACACGUGAAUGUUCUAGCAGGUGGCACCAACCCGUCGUCAUCUAGUCUGAUGACGGGUUGGUGUUAUCAGCUUGAAAAUUCAAGAGUACAACUCGAUUUUCCGAUGAAUCUUCUAUUUCCCAUCAUGUGCCGCCGUGCGGCUGCCGGUUAGGCUCGAGAGAGAACCUUAGGCUACAGCAGGACGAGUUAGUUCUGUAGCACGGUCGAUGAGCGCCCUCUACCAUAUAUAUGGUAGGGAGUGCUCAUAGAUACUGUCUGAAUAUAUAUAUGCAGAAUGGCAUUACCGACAAAGACAAGGGAGACUGGAAUGGCCAUUUCGGGCAUAUUGGCCGUCGUCAGCCGGUCAUACCCAAUCCCGAGGUAUGGAGAACCUGAGGCGCGAACUCCCAACCUGUUAGUUAAAAGUCCAACGCCCUUAACCACUGGGCCAAUGGCCCGUUGUCCUGUAGGUUUCGAUCGGGAAUGUACAGUGGUGAAAGGGUGCUCACAGAUCGUUCAUACGGAACUCACUCGUUCCUUUGUGCCUUACGGGCUCUCUCUCGAGCCCAACCAUCAGCCGCACAGCGGCGCUUGAUAUAGGCAGAACGACAUUAUCGACAAUUCGAGUUUGAGCCUCAGGUGUUCCACACAUCAGGGCAUGACUGGCUGACUACGGCUAAUAAGCCAGAAAUGGCCAUUCCAGUCUCCGUUGUCUUUUUCGGUAAUGCCAUUCUGCCUUAAUAAUGCGCCGCUCCGCGGCUGCUGGUUGGACUCGAGAGAGAGCUCAUAAGGCACAAUGGAACGAGUGAGUUCCGUAUGAACGAUCGGUGAGCGCCCCUCUACCAUUAUGUAUAUAUGUAUUCCUUGUUGAGACUAUUUGGAGGAGAUCUUUCUUACAAAAACAGCUUUUUUCAUGUGUAGAACGUUAAAUAUUUUAAAGAGAACGAUCGUAGUACUUUUUUGCCAGAGAUUGUGAUUUUUAACGUAAGCAGUUUACAUCGCUGAUUUGCGGAAGGGACCAACGUAUUCCUAGAUGAAAUUGGUAAGCAAGCCAACAUAUCUAAAUAAGUUGACGCUCAUCUACAGUUGGCGAAUGUUAUUCAUGUGCCGUCAAGACGCAAUUAGGAGUAAGUAUUCGCAUGGAGAUGCUGAUGACUUUUGAUUGGCUCGUCCCCACUAGGCUCAUUCAGUAUUCAUUCAACAAUCCACAGCGCCUACAGCGAAACACACGGAUUAUCCGAGUUUUGCCGGCUUUCUGUAUUGGACUGAUCAGCAACUAAAUGGUAUCGGUAACGAUGCCAAAGACAAUUACAGUGCUGGCUUCAACGAGUUUUACCCCAAUCUCAGAACGUAAGGAUCACAGGUAAACCCGGGUCUAAUUGACUUCUCGCUGCUAUACGACCGUUAGCUGACACCCUAGGCAAAACGGAACCAUUUUUUCCCAAUGGACAGGAAAGAGUGAUAACGGCCGAAAUUAGCGCAGGGUGGCUAACACAAGAAUGCGCUCAUAUUUUUAAAUGGGCUCGCCAUUCGGCCUUCCCGCGGUUUUCGGGUUUUUGUGUUUUUGACCUAUAAUGCGUUUUUUUCGGCCAAAUUUCCUUUAAGAGGCGAAACGUCCGCUCAACGUUUCCAGGAAUUGUUUUUAAUAAUAAAUAGAAACCCCGGUUCAUGUAAGAUACUAUGCGUCGGCAAUCCCACUGCCCUGCACAUUCAGGAAAGUCUAAAGCUUCACGGUCGUCAGCAUAAACAUUGUAUUCCAACGCGUGUACAAAUGGCCAUUCUUUAGAAAUUGCUGAACGCGCCAACGUAAAAAGAUUGUUUUACCUUGCAGCCCUCGCGAUCGGCCUGUUUAUUCGCGAUGAAAAGGGACGCUGCUGUCGGUUUACUUCAGUCUGCUCGCGUGUCUGUAACCCAUGCCGACGCGAAAUCCCGACCGACAGUGAUAGCGUUGAGUACGCAGAAAAAAAUCCUCCCGGCAGUCUGCUCUGA